AUGGCGCGCGAGCAGCUGGAGGUGCUCACGGCGCUGGACGCCGCCAAGACGCAGUGGUACCACUUCACGGCCAUCGUCAUCGCCGGCAUGGGCUUCUUCACCGACGCCUACGACCUCUUCUGCAUCUCCCUCGUCACCAAGCUGCUCGGCCGCAUCUACUACUACCGGGAAGGGGCGGACGCGCCCGGCUCGCUGCCGCCCAACGUCGCCGCCGCCGUCAACGGCGUCGCCUUCUGCGGCACGCUCUCCGGCCAGCUCUUCUUCGGCUGGCUCGGCGACCGCAUGGGCCGCAAGCGCGUCUACGGCAUGACGCUCAUGUGCAUGGUGCUCUGCUCCAUCGCCUCGGGCCUCUCCUUCGGGUCCACCCCCGGCUCCGUCAUGGCCACGCUGUGCUUCUUCCGCUUCUGGCUUGGGUUCGGCAUCGGCGGCGACUACCCGCUCUCCGCCACCAUCAUGUCCGAGUACGCCAACAAGAAGACGAGGGGCGCCUUCAUCGCCGCCGUGUUUGCGAUGCAGGGCUUCGGCAUCCUCACCGGCGGCGUCGUCACGCUCAUCGUCUCCGCCGCCUUCCGCGCCGCCUUCCCCACCCAGGCCUACCAGGACGCCCCCCUCGCCUCCACGCCGGCGCAGGCCGACUUCGUGUGGCGCUUCAUCCUCAUGUUCGGCGCCGUCCCGGCCCUCAUGACCUACUACUGGCGGAUGAAGAUGCCCGAGACGGCGCGCUACACGGCGCUCGUCGCCAAGAACGCCAAGCAGGCGGCCGCGGACAUGUCCAAGGUGCUCCAGGUGGACAUCGGCGCCGAGGAAGAGGACCCCAAGGCGAACGACGGCGUUGGAGCCGCCGACGACCGCAACUCGUUCGGGCUCUUCUCCGGCGAGUUCCUGCGCCGGCACGGGCUGCACCUCCUCGGCACGGCCACCUGCUGGUUCCUCCUCGACAUCGCCUUCUACUCGCAGAACCUGUUCCAGAAGGACAUCUUCACGGCGAUCAACUGGAUCCCCAAGGCCAAGACGAUGAGCGCCCUCGAGGAGGUGCACCGCAUCGCGCGCGCGCAGACGCUCAUCGCGCUCUGCGGCACGGUGCCGGGCUACUGGUUCACGGUGGCGCUGAUCGACCGGAUCGGGCGGUUCUGGAUCCAGCUCGGCGGCUUCUUCUUCAUGGCCGUGUUCAUGCUGGGGCUCGCCUUCCCGUACCACCACUGGACGACGCCGGGGAACCACAUCGGGUUCGUGGUGCUGUACGCGCUCACCUUCUUCUUCGCCAACUUCGGGCCCAACUCCACCACCUUCAUCGUGCCAGCGGAGAUCUUCCCGGCGAGGCUCCGGUCGACGUGCCACGGCAUCUCGGCGGCGGCGGGGAAGCUGGGGGCCAUCGUGGGGUCGUUCGGGUUCCUGUACCUGGCGCAGAACAAGGACCCGGCCAAGGUGGACCACGGGUACAAGGCCGGCAUCGGGGUGCGGAACUCGCUCUUCAUCCUCGCCGCCUGCAACUUCCUCGGCAUGGGCUUCACCUUCUGCGCGCCCGAGUCCAACGGCAUCUCGCUCGAGGAGCUCUCAGGCGAGAACGACGACGGCGAGGCGGCCGCGCCGGCGCACGCCAGGACGGUGCCCGUGUGA